AUGCUCUACAGCCUCUCACGCCCGCCCGCCCGCCCGCGAUUGACUCGGUCGGUCGGUCCUUUCUUCUUCUUUCUUUUGUUUCGCUGUCCAUUUCACGCGCGCAACUCAAGUCCGCCUCAACUCACGCGCGCGCCUGCUGCUGGGCCUGCGGUCUUCAGGGCCGAGCUCUUUGCAGCCAUCAAGGAGGGCCGCAGCACCAAUGAUCCGGUCCGCAUAGAUGCCAUGGAGCCGCAGGUGUUCAAGGCCUUGCUCUGUUUCGUGUACACUGACUCGUUGACGGAGAUGAAGCAAGAAGAGGAAGCUACAAUGUGCCAGCAUCUGCUUGUCGCCGCGGACACAUAUGACAUGGAGAGGCUCAAGCUCAUCUGUGAGCACAAGCUGUGCAAGCACAUCGAUGUCGGCACCGUGGCCAACAUCCUGGCGAUAGCUGAAGCUCACCGCUGCCAUGUGCUAAGGAGUGCGUGCUUCGCCUUUCUUGGCCGUAAGGCGAACCUGACGGCGGUCAUGGACAGCGACGGCUUCGAGCAUCUCAACGCAAGCUGCCCCUCUCUUGUCAAGGAGCUGCUCGCCAUGCACUCGAUGACUUAG